CCUCAACAGCGGGCACACGUGCUGCCGACACGGCAACGCGCACACACUGUCGUUCGCCUCGUCCAAAACCGACCGGUCAAUUGUUUGCGGUUUUUUUUCUUCGAAAUACUUAAGUACACUUUUUUGGGGUUUUUUCAUUCCUAUAUUACCUACAUUUUUUCGCGCGUUAGUACUACAUGUAACCGACAAACCAUACAGUUACUAUGUUUUCCAUUACAACGAAACCGCCGCCGACCGACAGCUGACGAACGUCUGCACCAUCAUCACAAAUGGAGCUAAGAGCCUGACUGAAAAGAUAUUGCAUGGACCGACGGAGGAGACAUGUCCAUAGCAGCUGCUGUUGAAGACCGGCCGUUCAUAUUCCGCGUCAACGAAAACGGCACCGGACCGGCUCUGCUCAUUCAGGUUUGCCAGGAACGCGGCUGGAAGGAGUACAACGGGGGCGCGAAAACCAAUGGCGAAGCAGAAAGCCGUGACGGGCCGUGGUCGGUGCCGACAGAUGAGUAUUGGAACCUUUGGUGGAAAUCCACUGGGUUCUCGUUGACACACUACAAGCAACAAAAAAUAUGGCAGUUUAACAACCACAUACCGAGCGGGUCGACCCUAUGCCGAAAAGACAAUCUAUGGAGGUACUUGAAAUGCAUGAAGAACGUGUUCGGAUCUUCCCUGUUCGGUUUCAGUCCUGACUCGUACAACUUGCCGUUGGAGUACACCAAGUUGGCGGCCGAAUGUAGCCACGAUAUGGACAUUGGCGAAAAGUCCAUAUGGAUCUGCAAGCCCGUCGGACAGAGUCAAGGCAAGGGCAUCUCUCUGAUAUCGCAAAUCGGUGAUCUCGUGUACGACACCAACACGGUAGUGCAGCGUUACGUCAAAAAUCCAAUGCUGAUUGGCGGCUACAAGUUCGACUUGAGACUAUACGUUCUGGUGCCUUCGUUCCACCCUCUGACCAUCUACGUGUACAGAGAGGGCCUGACCAGGUUCAGCACGGACAAAUACUCGCUGAACAACCUCGACAACCAUUUCGCCCAUCUCACCAACAGUUCGAUCAACAAGCUCGGGCCAAACUACUCGGAGACCAAAGAGAAAGUCGGACUGGGAUGCAAAUGGACCUUGCAGCAACUCAGGCAGCACAUCCGCCAGGCCGGUGUCAACGAUUGGUUGCUGUGGCAGAAGAUAUCCGUGCUGGUCGGCCUGACGUUGGCGAGUCAAUGUACCGGCAUACCCAACACGUCCAACUGCUUCGAGCUAUACGGUUUCGACAUACUGGUCGACUCUGAUCUCAAACCGUGGCUACUAGAGGUAAACUUAAGUCCCGCGUUGGGCAACGACUGUGACGUCGACAACCAAGUCAAAAGGCCACUGCUGCACGACAUGUUCGACUUGCUCGGCCUGCCCAUGUGCAACACGGGCCUGUCGUUGUACCGCAUGGCGUGCCGGUCGUCGUCGGUACCGCGGUACGGCGCGGCGGCGGCGGGCGGCCGGCCUUCCGCUCUGGCCGCGGCGGCCACGGAAAAGUGGAAGAUGAAACGCAAGGCCUUGCAGCGGACGGACGGCGGCGGCGGCGGCGGCGGCGGCGAAAACGCGACGAUAACUCCGAAGACGACGACGCAAACCAGACAGUCGUCGCUGUACGGGCCGAACAGGCGCGGCGGGGCCAUGGUACAGGCCGCGGACACGUGCAACUCGCCGACGGUGUCGACGGUGUGGGGAAACGGCCGCGACUGGCACAGGCCUGUCGACUCCGAGGGCAACUGGGUGAGGGUGUUGCCGUUGCAGACGCAGCCGCCGGAAACGUCUUUGGCAGGCCCGGGCACGGCCGGCAACACGGCCCGCGCCACGAUCAAGAACAUCCGCGAGUACCUGAAGUGUUGCAAGAAAGUCGCCAAAUCCUACGAAGGGCUUACCGGAGUGUCGGACGACGAGCUCAACGCCAAACUCAGGGAACUGUUGCCGGCCGUGUCCAAAGUGUGGACACCGCCCGUUUAAAUGAGACUAUUGUAAUGAACUUAACUGAAAUUCAUAUUGUUCGCUAUGAUGUAUAAUAACGCAACUUAUUAUGUUCUAUGAACAGUGUAUUGUUUUGUUGUAUAUAAACUAUUUUUUUCUAUUAAGAAUAUAAACCAGGAGUCCUAUUUUUUGUUUUAUUUUCUAAGAAUGAUGUGUUAUGUUUUCUUUUGUUUAUUACUUUUUCACAAAAACCCCCAAAAAUUAGUUGGAUUUGCGUGGAACAUAUUAUUAUUAUUAUUAUUAUAUUUUCUGUUAAAUAAAACAUUUAUGAUUAUCAUACAA